AUGGCCAAGGCAGAAGUGAGACUAUUGUGCUUUCUCUACAUUGCAAGUCUAUCGUUCGUUAUUGUUACCGGCCGGGUUGGAGAUCAGCCCGAACCGGUUCCCAGCAUGGCCGGAAACGAGCCAGAACCGAUCAACGAUAUCAUGUGCGGCGAGAACAUUGCGGACUUGUUGCCGUUGUUGCCAUUCCUGAAGGGGUCCAAUCCCUUGCCGACCACGUUGUGCUGCCAUGCCGUGCAAACCGUGCAGAAGUUGGCAAACGCAAAGCAGAUACGACGAGACCAGUGCGAGUGCUUCAAGAAAGCCGCUCUCGGUUUGGGAGUCGACCCCGGAAAGGCCAAGGCCCUUCCUGAGCGCUGCCAUAUUCAUUUGCCUGUGCCCAUUGAUCCGAAAAUCGAUUGCAGCACGGUUCCAUUUGGAACAUACUACAAUCCUGGGGCAUGA